GCGGCCGGCCGUGCAAAGACAUCACCUGCCAAACCAGCUAAUAAGUAGUGUUGGUAUUGAUUGUAUUGACUGUGGCCGUUUAGUUUAUCCGUGAUAGUUUCCCUUCCGUUUCCGUUCCUGCAACUAAGCAGCAUGAAAGCUAAAGGAGAGUUGAAAGAGUUUGAAGUAAUUGGGCGUAAACUGCCAACAGAAAAGGAGAAAGUGACUCCUCUGUAUAAGAUGAGGAUCUUUGCUCCUGAUGCCAUUGUGGCAAAAUCAAGGUUUUGGUAUUUCCUUCGUCAGUUAAAGAAGUUUAAAAAGACAACCGGAGAAAUUGUUUCCAUAAAACAGAUUCCAGAGAAGUCCCCUGUCAAGAUUAAGAACUUUGGCAUCUGGCUGCGUUAUGACUCGCGAUCUGGCACUCACAACAUGUACCGAGAGUAUCGUGACCUAAGCGUAUCUGGGGCUGUGACCCAGUGCUACCGGGAUAUGGGGGCUCGGCACCGGGCCCGAGCACACUCGAUCCAGAUCAUCAAGGUGGAGCAGGUGAAGGCUGCCAACUGUCGACGUCCUCUGGUCAAGCAGUUCCACAAUUCCAAGAUCAGAUUCCCUCUGCCGAAACGUAUUCAGCAGAGGAACCUGUUGCCUCGCUUCUCUGUGAGGAAACCUCGUACCUAUUUCAUGUAGCACAUUUAUUAGAUAAAUAAAGGUGUUGUCAAAUAUACA